CUGCCUCAGCCAACCCGGGCUGUGCCGAGCUGCUCCCUGCGGGAUCAGAGCGCUCCCCCGCCGGGACCCUUCUCUCACAUCCCCCUGCUGGGACGCGGCUACAUUUCCAGCCAAGCACUGCCUGCCUUGGCUUUAUUAUGUGUGUCUGCGCCGCAGCCCCGCCAGCAGAGGCAGGCAGAGGAGGAGGAGGAGGAGGGAGACUGGUAGCCAGAGUCAGGACAAAGAAAAAGCAGGGAGACAGAGGCUAGCGGAGGGCUUUUUUUUAAGACUUUUUUUUUUUUUCGGGAGGAACAUUAAGGGGCUCUGCUUGUUGGCACCGCUGCGUAAAGGCAUUUUGGGGGAUAUUAACAGCAAAAGGAAAAAAAGCAAAAGGAGGCGUGGGUUGUGAAAGCAAAGUAUUCCCCUCGGGGGUGGAGAUGCAGGGGAAGAGCGCAAUGUCCAUGACCACCACCACCAGACCUCCACCACCAGACCUCCACCACCUCCACCACCACUGCCGAGUGUAGAGGAGCGGGACGCAGCGUCGGAGUGGUCGGCUCGGAUCGGCGCCGCUUUCCAGGAGACUGAAAUAGUUCCGAUAAACUGAAGAAAAAUCAACCCCAACGGAGAAAAUCCAGGCGCGCGCGAGGAGCAGAGAGCGGAAAGGAAGACACGUUUCUUCUUCUUCUUCUUUAAAAAAACCCCCAAAACAAACCCCAGAACAAUUUCAACCCCGAAAACCAUUCUGCGGCGCCGCUCCUCACCUGCUCCGUUACGCGCCGCCGCCGCCGCCGCCGCGCGGGACCGGACCGCACCGCCCCGCAGCUCAGGUGUUCCGUCGCCGCCGCGCGCGCGUGGCGGGCGGCUCGCGCCCCGGAGGAGCGACACGCGUGCGGGAAGCGGCCGGCGUCGCCGCGUAACGGAGCAGAAGAAGAAGAAGAAGAAGGAGGAAGAGGAAGAGGAGGAGGAGGAGGAGGAGGAGGACGUCAACGUCAACGGGAAGUUGUUCCACAGGUUGUGCCAGACCAGACCACACCACACCGAGGAGCAGAGGGGGAAAGACGCACCGGCUCCGAGUGUCUCUGCCUUCCCUCCCGGUGCGUGCGUGCGUGUGCGUGUGUGUUCGGCUUGUUGUCGCCGGACUAACCGCCGUCUCCCUCCCGGAGACUGAAGCUGCCGCAUUGCAACAGGCGAAGCAGCAGCAGCAGCAGCAGCAGCGAAGUGUUGGAGAGAUAAACCAGACCCGCGGUUCUCCGAAAGGAAACACUGAGCGCAACCGAACCCCCCCCCCCCCCCCCCCCCCCCCCCCCAUAACAAUUAACAGAAUAAAAAAGAAAGAGAAUUGAAGAAGAAGCAGACUGUGUCAGACGAGAGGAGAUGUCGAGACGCAAACAGGCCAAGCCGCGCUCCGUCAAAGCGGUAGAAGAAGGGGAGUCUUCAGAGUGUGGAGGCACCUGGGAUGGAUCAACUGUCCAGACAGAAGUCCCGGCAUGCGACCGAGAUGCGGAGCCCAGAGACGGCCGGGGGACGGGCGCCGACGACGGCGAGCAGGAGGAGCACGACGAGCGCGACGAGCGAGAGCACGACGACGACCUGGACGACGAGUCCAUCUUCACCUGCGACAACUGUCAGCAGGACUUCGACUGCCUGGCCGAGCUCACCGAGCACAGAACCCACCACUGCCCCGCCGACGGCGAUGACGACCCCGCGGGGCUGUCCUGGGUGCCGUCCUCGCCCUCCAGCAAAGACUCGCCCUCGCAGGUGCCCGACGGCUGCUGUGACCUGGGCAUGGCCACCGGCGGCGAGGAGGAAGGCGGCGCCGGCCUGCCGUACCCCUGCCAGUUCUGCGACAAGUCCUUCAGCCGCCUGAGCUACCUGAAGCGGCACGAGCAGAUCCACAGCGACAAGCUGCCGUUCAAGUGCACCUUCUGCAGCCGCCUGUUCAAACACAAGCGCAGCAGAGACCGCCACGUCAAACUCCACACAGGAGACAAGAAGUACAGCUGUCAGGAGUGCGAGGCCGCGUUCUCCCGCUCCGAUCACCUGAAGAUCCACCUCAAGACGCACAGGUCACUGCUUCUGAUCUCCAGCAAACCUUUUAAGUGCAGCGUGUGCAAGCGCGGCUUCUCCUCCACCUCGUCGCUGCAGAGCCACAUGCAGGCUCACCGCAAGAACAGAGAGCACCUCGCACUGAGGAGUGAGAGGGACGGGGGGAAGAAGGGAGGAGACGGGGACCUGGAGCAGGACCUGUACAUGUGCGACUAUUGCGAGGAGACGUUCAGCCAGACUGACGAGCUGGAGAAACACGUCCUGACCAGACACCCGCAGCUGUCGGACAGAGCCGACCUGCAGUGCAUCCACUGCCCGGAGAUCUUCCUGGACGAGGCGUCGCUCCUCACGCACAUCGAAACGCAGCACGCCAACCGCAAACACAAGUGUCCCGUCUGUUCGGAGCAGUUCCCCUCCGUGGAGGACGUCUACUGCCACCUGGACAGCCAUCGCCAGCCCGACUCGUCCAACCACAGCGCCGCCAGCCCCGACCCCGCGCUGGGCAGCGUGGCCUCCAUGAGCUCGGCCACCCCCGACUCCAGCGCCAGCCUGGAGAGGGGCUCCACACCGGACUCCACGCUCAAGCCCGGCCAGGGCAGCGAGCGAGGCCGGAGGAGAGGCGCCGACACCGUGGAGGAGAUCGGAAUAAUCCUCGGCCAUCAAGGCGGAGGUGGAGGAGGCAACUGGGGCAAGGUGACGUACUCCUGCCCUUACUGCUCCAAGAGAGACUUCCACAGCCUGGCGGUGCUGGAGAUCCAUCUGAAGACCAUCCACGCCGACAAGCCGCAGCAGAGCCACACGUGCCAGCUCUGCCUGGACACGCUGCCGACGCUCUACAAUCUCAACGAGCACGUGCGCAAGGCCCACCGCGCCGGCGGAGGGGCGGUGGGCACGGCGGCCACCGCCGCCGCCGCCUUCCCUCUGCUGCAGUUCACCAACGUCACGGCGUUCCACUGCAACUACUGUCCGGACAUGUUCGGCGACAUCAACUCCCUGCAGGAGCACAUCCGGGUGUCCCACUGCCUGCCCGGCGGCAUCGUGGCGGGGUCCACAACAUUAGAGGGGAACCACGCCUUCUUCUGUAACCAGUGCUCCAUGGGAUUCCUGACGGAGUCGUCGCUGACGGAGCACAUCCAGCAGACGCACUGCACGUCGCUAGGAGGAGGCGGAGCUGCGUCUGGAGGAGGCGUGGCCAAGCUGGAGUCGCCCGUGCUGCAGGCCUCUCAGUCCUUCAUGGAGGUUUACUCCUGCCCUUACUGCACCAAUUCUCCUAUCUUCGGCUCACUCCUCAAACUCACCAAGCACAUAAAGGAGAACCACAAGAACAUCCCGUUGGCCAACAACAAGCGGCAGGCGAAGGUCGCCGACCUGAGCCCCGCCUCCUCCGACGUGGAGAUAUCCUCGCCGAAGCGCCACCGGCUCGGGGGCGACUCCACCCCCUCCGUGGGCAGCAACGGGGACUACCCGUGCAACCAGUGCGACCUGCGCUUUUCCAGCUUCGAGGGUUUCCAGGCGCACCUGAAGUCGCACCUGGAGAUGCUGCUGCGGCGCCAGUCGUGCCCGCAGUGCAACAAGGAGGACUUUGAGUCGCAGGAGGCGCUGCUCCAGCACCUGACGGUGCACUACACCACCACGUCAACGCAGUACGUGUGCGAGAGCUGCGACAAGCAGUUCUCCUCGGUCGACGACCUGCAGAAGCACCUGCUGGACAUGCACACGUUUGUCCUGUAUCACUGCACGCUCUGCCAGGAGGUGUUUGACUCCAAGGUCUCCAUACAGGUGCAUUUGGCGGUGAAGCACAGCAACGAGAAGAAGCUGUUUCGCUGCACGGCCUGCGCCUGGGACUUCAGGAAGGAGGCGGAUCUCCAGCUCCAUGUUAAGCAUAACCACCUGGGCCAAAGGUCAGGCCUGCCAGGGGGGCUCGGAGCAGCAGGACUCAAGCCCCGGAAGUGCAUCUUCUGCGGCGAGACGUUUGGAACCGAGGUGGAGCUCCAGUGUCACAUCACCACGCACAGCAAGAAGUUCACGUGUCGCUUCUGCGGCAAAGCCUUCCACGCCCUCUCGCUGCUGGAGAGGCACCUGCGGGAGAAGCACUGCAUCUUCGACGGCGGCAGCAUCACCGGCAACGGCGGCGGCGGCGGCGGCGGCGGCACGGGCAGCAGCGGCAGCCAGAACGGGACGCCCAACGGGCUCGCGCAGGCCUCCAAGCGAGCGGGGGGAAUCGGCGGCGGCGGCAACGGAGGCGCCGGGUCGGUCGAAAGGGUCACGGUGGCGGCCGCCGAGCAGGCCGACCUGCAGAACUUGGUGCUGAAGGCCGGCGUGGCGGGAGGAGCGACGGGCCAGGGGGGCGACGCGGUCAACAGCCACGAGGCGAGCGGGGGCGAGGAGGAGCUGGACAACUCGGAGCCCAUGUACGCCUGCGACAUCUGCGGCGCGGCCUACACCAUGGAGUCGCUGCUGCAGAACCACCGGCUGCGUGACCACAACAUCCGACCGGGAGAUGACGACGCCGGUACUCGAAAGAAGAAGGCCGACUUCAUCAAAGGGAACCACAAGUGCAAUGUGUGUUCCAGGACGUUCUUCUCCGAGAGCGGCCUCCGUGAGCACGCCCAGACGCACCGCGGCCCCGCCAAACACUACAUGUGUCCAAUCUGCGGCGAGCGCUUCCCCUCCCUGCUCACCCUCACCGAACACAAGGUCACCCACAGCAAGAGCCUGGACACGGGAACCUGUCGAAUCUGUAAGAUGCCCCUGCAGAGCGAGGAGGAGUUCAUAGAGCACUGCCAGAUGCACCCCGACCUUCGCAACUCCCUCACGGGCUUCCGCUGCGUCGUCUGCAUGCAGACCGUCACCUCCACGCUGGAGCUGAAGAUCCACGGCACCUUCCACAUGCAGAAGCUCUCCAGCGGCUCCACGCUUGGAGGCGGGAACGGGGGAGGAGGAGGCGGCGGAGGAGGCGGCGGCGGCGGCGGCUCAUCUUCUUCAUCCCCGAACGGGCAGCUGCAGCAGCAUAAGCUGUACAAAUGCGCCUUCUGCCUAAAGGAGUUCAAGAACAAAGGGGAGCUGGUGAAGCUGGACGUCAACGGCCUCCCGUACGGCCUCUGUGCCGGCUGCAUGAGCAGGGGCACGAACGGCCAGAGUCCGAGCCAGGGGGGAGCGGCCACGCCCGGCGACCUGCAGGGCGGGGACAAGGCCACGGUCGGCCUGCGGUGUCCAGAGUGCGGGGUGAAGUUCGAGACCGUGGAGGAUCUGGAGAGUCACGUCCAGACGGACCACCCCGAGGUCAGCCCGGAGACCAGCGCGGCGGGCAAGAAGGCCGAGGCCUCGCCCGCGCCUAAGAAGAAGACCUACCAGUGUAUUAAAUGCCAAAUGACGUUUGAGACGGAGAGAGAGAUCCAGAUUCACGUGGCGAACCACAUGAUCGAAGAGCCCACCUGUCGGCAAGAGGAGGGCAUCAAUCACGAGUGCAAGCUGUGUAACCAGAUGUUUGACUCGCCGGCCAAGCUGCUCUGCCACCUGAUAGAGCACAGCUUCGAAGGCAUGGGAGGUACCUUCAAGUGUCCCGUCUGCUUCACAGUGUUCGUGCAGGCCAACAAGCUCCAGCAGCACAUUUUCGCCGUCCACGGGCAGGAGGACAAGAUCUACGACUGUUCCCAGUGUCCGCAGAAGUUCUUCUUCCAGACAGAGCUACAGAACCACACACUGAGUCAGCACGCGCAGUGAGACCGAGGCCCGGCAGGAUCCCUCGGCUCAGCCGGGGCCCCCGACCCGGCGCCGGCGGGGGACCCCCAUCUCCACAUCACAGCCAAUCAAAGUGUCAUUUGCUACUCACAUGUAAAACUCUAACGAUCGCGCCACUGGGCGGCGGCUAUUAGGACCAGUGGGGGGAAAGGAAUAUUAAUGGGAUAUGCUAUUAAAUAAAGAAAGGCGGGGGGGGGGGGGGGGGGGGGGGGAGAAAAAAAAGUGGUUAAGAGAAAACGGUAAGAGUUAGAUGAAGGAGAGAGAAGAGUGUGAAAAAAAAAAAAGGUAUUGUACGUGCAGUAUUUUUUAUUGUCCCUGCCAAACCCCCCUUCCUCCAACCAGCUUCCUCCUCGUCCCCCUCCCCUCUCUCCCCUCCUCUGACCCAUCACUCCCCAGUCAUGCAUUUUAUUUUUUUUAACAAAUAGGAAAAAAAGCAAGAAAACGUCCCUUGUUUUGAAAUUUCCUUCAUUUUUUUUUUAAUAUAGAUUGUAGGAAGAAGGUCCACUUUCUUGUCCCCUCAGUUAUCGUAUUCAACUCCAUAGGUGCCAAUUUUCUUUUCUUCUGUUUUUUUUUUUUUCUGCCAUAUGCGCUUAUUUUUCUUCAUUUUUCAUUUUUUUUGUACCUUUGAUUUCUCGCCGUAAGUAGGUACUCGUGCCGUGUUGUGAUUGUUUGUUUGCCAAUCGUAAUAUUCCCUAAUUUUUUCUUCCCCAAAAGAACUCUCCUUUUUAUGAUUAUUGUUAUAUAUAUUUUUUUUCCUUUUUGUAAUUACUAUGAAAAAAAAAAGACAUCAAACAAAAUAAAGUGCAGAAAACCAUACAGAUGUUUCUUUUCUUUUUUCUUCUUUUUUUUGGGAGGAUUGGGUUUUCCAGUCUCCACGGGGCCUAUAAUGGUUAUUGUAAAAAUGAAUAUCAUCGAUUUCAGUGCGUCUGGUCAAUGACUGCUUUUUAAAUGUGAAUUAACCAGAUUGCAAUAAUCUAGUACAGACAUAAAAGAUAAAAACAAAUAAAUAAAUGACAAAUAAACA